CGGGGCCCCCGGCCCUUCCGGGCCGGGCCGCCCCAGCCCGCGGAGCUGGGCCUGCGCGACGUGGCGCGCAGCGCAGUGGAGCGUGGACUGGGCCCGAGUGUUCUGACGCGCGUUUAAGGAAGGCGAUGGUGUGGGAGGCACUUCCUGCCUCUGACUCCAGCGCGGCGAAUUCUCUGCCCUCUCCUGGCAGACCCGGCAGGACCCAAAGGCACCAGCCAGCAACAUGGCUACCGGAUGUGGGAGGUGUGGACCGGGGUACUCUACCCCUCUGGAGGCCAUGAGAGGGCCCAGGGAGGAGAUUAUCUAUCUGCCUUGUAUUUACCGAAACACUGGCAUUGAGGCCCCGGAUUAUCUAGCCACAGUGGACGUUGACCCGAAGUCUCCCCAGUAUUGCCAGGUCAUCCACCGGCUGCCCAUGCCCAACCUGAAGGACGAGCUGCAUCACUCAGGAUGGAACACGUGCAGCAGCUGCUACGGGGACAGCACCAAGGCCCGCACCAAGCUGGUGCUGCCCUGCCUCAUCUCGUCCCACAUCUAUGUGGUGGAUGUGGGCACUGAGCCCCGUGCCCCGAAGCUGCACAAGGUCAUUGAGGCCAAGGACAUCCAUGACAAAUGUGAACUGAGCUACCUUCACACCAGCCACUGCCUGGCCAGUGGGGAAGUGAUGAUCAGCACCCUGGGAGACCCCAAGGGCAAUGGCAAAGGGGGUUUCGUGCUGCUGGAUGGAGAGACCUUUGAGGUGAAGGGGACUUGGGAGAAACCUGGGGGUGCUGCACCGUUGGGCUAUGACUUCUGGUACCAACCUCGACACAAUGUCAUGAUCAGCACCGAAUGGGCAGCUCCCAAAGUUUUAAGAGAAGGCUUCAACCCCGCUGAUGUAGAGGCUGGACUGUAUGGAAGCCAUUUAUAUGUGUGGGACUGGCAGUGCCGUGAGAUUGUGCAGACCCUGCCUUUACAGGACGGGCUCAUCCCCCUGGAGAUCCGCUUCCUGCACAACCCAGCUGCCGCCCAGGGCUUCGUGGGCUGUGCCCUCAGCUCCAACAUCCAGCGCUUCUUCAAGAAUGAGGGAGGCACUUGGUCAGCAGAGAAGGUUAUACAGGUGCCCCCCAAGAAGGUGAAGGGCUGGAUGCUACCUGAAAUGCCAGGCCUCAUCACUGACAUCCUGCUGUCCCUGGAUGACCGCUUCCUCUACUUCAGCAACUGGCUGCACGGGGACCUGCGGCAAUACGACAUCUCUGACCCACAGAGGCCUCGACUCACAGGACAGCUCUUCCUGGGGGGCAGCAUUGUGAAGGGAGGCCCUGUGCAAGUGCUGGAGGACCAGGAGCUAAAAUCCCAGCCAGAGCCCCUGGUGGUCAAGGGGAAACGGGUGGCUGGAGGCCCUCAGAUGAUCCAGCUUAGCCUAGAUGGGAAGCGUCUCUACGUCACCACGUCGCUGUACAGUGCCUGGGACAAGCAGUUUUACCCUGAUCUUAUCAGGGAAGGCUCCGUGAUGCUGCAGAUUGAUGUAGACACAGUGAAGGGAGGGCUGAAGUUGAACCCCAACUUCUUGGUGGACUUUGGGAAGGAGCCCCUCGGCCCAGCCCUGGCCCAUGAGCUCCGCUACCCUGGGGGCGACUGCAGCUCUGACAUCUGGCUCUGAAGUUCACCCCUCAGAGCCCCACCCCACAUUCUGAGCCCUCUCUUCCCCGGGGACCUGGCUUCUCUCUGCUCUCUCUGGGCCACCACCUUGGCAGCUUGCCCUCCAAAGCCUAACUGAGGUUGAAAUGUAUCGAGCGGUGUUUCCAUGUACCAACCAGUUAUGUGUUGCUCACUGUGCUGUCUUUCCAUGAGAUGUUCAAACUAUUUCACCAAAAAAUAAACUGGUGAACCUACUCCUU